UCCAGCAGGGCAAAAUCUGUCCCUCCUAAAACAAAAUAGGUUAAAUCAAGCUGUGGCGGGCUGUUUUAGUUAAACAUGGAUCUUGUGGGGUGUGUAAUGCCUCGUCAUUGAAAGCUGUCUUGUCCUUCUGUAAGGAAUCCCCGCCCGUCUAAAUAUUCUGAGAUACCCUGGUGACAAUUUCAAGUGCAACGAGGGACGCAAGGAAUGGCAGACGAGACACUGUUUGAGUUUCUCCAUAUGGAGAUUGUGUCACAUGUUUACAAGGAGCAACAAUCCGGUAAAGAAGUGAUGGACAACAAGGACAGAGCUGCCAGUGUCUCUGUGCUUGAAGGCAUGGGCUUCAGGGUGGGACAAGGACUCAUUGAACGGUUGACCAAGGACUCCCCCAGCUUCAAGGACGAGUUGGAUAUAAUGAAGUUUGUCUGUAAAGACUUCUGGACAAAGGUGUUCAGGAGGCAGGUCGACAACCUCAGAACCAAUCAUCAGGGUACAUAUGUGCUACAGGAUAAUAAGUUUGCUCUUCUGACUCAACUUUCCAGUGGAAAACAAUAUCUGGAUCAGGCUCCCAAGUACCUAGCGUUCUCCUGCGGCGUGGUGAGAGGAGCUCUGUCUAAUCUAGGAUUGGACAGCGUGGUGACCGCUGAGGUCGCAGUCAUGCCGUCAUGUAAAUUCCAAGUAGUGAUCCAGAAGUUGUGAGCUGAUUCUACUCCUCUGUGCUGGUGCUGCUAAACAGAGUCUGUGAGUUUGUAUUGAGCAUCAAGUUAGAAAGUAGUGUGUGGUCUCCCAUGAGGGCAGUUCAACAGCAAAAGGAGUCAAACACCUCACACAUUUCAACAGCUGAGCCCAAUAGCCAAGUUCUGCUUACAACCAGGUAGCUUUGGCAGGAUCGUCUUAGCCAGAUGUUCCUCUUGCUUGUGGUAUGCUGAUACGGGACAUUUCUUUCUUAAGCAUCUUCAUUUCAAUAUAGAUCGUUUCCCGUUUCAGUUUCUGAGACAGUAUCUAAUGAUCUAGCUCAUGACACUGGGCCAGACUAACCACACCUGGCUGAGCCUCGAAAAGAAACUCUCAUAGUGGCUGUAAAUGCAAAUAUGCAAAUGUUAAGUGGAUACCUUUUUAAUUUAUUAUUCUUAGUAAUGUGAUACAUUGUUGACUGCUAAGUAAGAAAAACAAAGACUGAAUGAUGAAUAGAGUCUGGGAUAAGCCAUCAGUUCAGAUGAUAUCUGAAGGCUGCCAACUGCCGCACUGUCUUUUUAAAAAAAUCUGUUCCAGUAGCGAGUUGGGCUUUGAAAAUCAUUACACCUGACACGCUAGAUUCAUUAUUAAACACUUGUUUUUCUGCAGACACAGGGAGAGGCUGUAACCUGCUCCUGGUGCUUUCCCUGCCUAGUAGCAGAUCGCCUUUAGGAGCUCAGUCUUUCAUGUACACCGUUAUUAUAUAUGAAACUUAUUUCAGGCAAAAUACAAAUCUAGGUUAAUUCCGCUCUCCGUUCAAGUUACAGAUCUAGUAUUGGAUGUAAUAGGUUUCUAGGCUGAAACUGGGUAAACAGAUUGUUUUUUGUACUAUGAUGUGCACUUUUCUUCCUUUGGUACAGAAGUGAUAUGUAGAUGUUUCCUUCUAACUUCUUCAGUGAGCUGCAGAUGACUGAAUCAUAUUGAAUAGAACGCCACAUGGAUUUUUGUUACAUUUCUUAAUGAAUCAUUGUUUCCUAAAACCACUUAAAUUGAUCUAGAUGUCACUUUGUCCUAUUUUAUUGUGUGAACUAAAGAGCUGAUCUAAAUGGAGCUUAUCUGAAGCUCUGUCUGAGAGAAACCCACCCCUCUGGUAGAUGCAGUUGCUCCUUUCUCCCACUAGAGGGACACAUAAAGCUGUUGUUACAUUUAUUGUCAGCUACUUGAUCUGAGUAGACAUGAAAAUCCCUCUUGCGUGGGUGAUUUCUGCAAACCAGAAUCUGUUGCAUUUGCCCUCGCCUUUGCUUAACUUAUUAAUAUUUCUUUCAUGUUUAUGAUCCAUAUCAUGAGUUUAGUAUUAGAAGUGCAACUGCAUGUAAGUGUACAGUGUCCCACCAGGCUAGACCUCAACUUAAUGAAAAGCAUGUGGUCAACCUAAGGGACCAAAUUCACAAAAUGCUGACCUGGGUUCAGUCAAACCUAUAAUCAGAUUUGGUCAAAUAUUUUACACGUUAGAAAUAAACCCUCUGGAUUUAUAUUAUAGUUGCAUUUUUGGAAUUUGCCACUUAUGGUUAAAUUAAAGAUCUCAUUCACUUUUCUUUUUGUUGUCUCUGGCUCUGAGAGUGUGUGUAUUAGUAUUGCACUGCCAAUGGUUUGGCAAAGCACAAUAAAGAUCUUUUCGUGCA